AUGCAAAGACCCACAACUUUGAGUUGUCAUCCCCCUGGUGAGCCGAUGAUCAUGUGUAGCAUUGGACGACAAACCCAGUCAAAGCAGUCAACUUUCGCCUUCAGAGUCCCUCUAUCUGCAAGUCCGAUUCCGCGGAUUGUUUCGUGCUGCGUCGAAGAGCAAGAUACCUCUCGAUGA